AUAGAAGGUAGAAAAAGAAUCUCAGCCGUCAGAGUUUAGAAGAUCAAUGAUCCACCGUUGAUCCAGGUUUUGUCAAGAUGAACCGGUAGCAGUAAAUAACAAGGGCCUAAGCCGAAGCACAAGAGAAGAAAAGAGAAGCAAGCAGCAGCCAAACGAGGAGAGAGAAAAAACACAGCUUUGGCUCGAGUCGCUUUUGUUUUCUGGUUUUCGUUAUUCGGAUCUGGUAAAGGUUGUCACUCGGGCCUUCUCCGCCCGACCCGAACCCGACUGGAAACCCUAACUCCGUCGUCUUCUCCAGCUUACGGCGACAGGUCUGGUAUUUUUCUUAAUAAUAUUUUGUUUGGUUGGAGAGAAAAAAUCGCGGGAACGGUGGAAAAAGAGUUGGAGAAACCAUUAUUUUUAUUUGAAUUAUUUCCUUCAUCUCGAGCUAGAUAGAUAGCUGUUACGAGCGGUAUAGAGGCUUCCAAACCAGUGUGUUUCGAAUUCAGAUGGUCUAGUUAGCUGGGGAAAGUAUGGCUUCCAAAGGUCCAAGGUCUAAGCUUGAUCAUGAAUCAAGAGCUAAACGCCAAAAGGCGCUUGAAGCUCCCCGAGAACCUCGUAGGCCGAAAACACAUUGGGAUCACGUUUUAGAGGAGAUGGUUUGGCUUUCAAAGGACUUUGAAUCUGAGAGAAAAUGGAAAUUGUCUCAAGCAAAGAAAGUCGCUUUAAGAGCAAGUAAGGGCAUGCUCGAUCAGGCUACAAGAGGAGAAAAAAAAUUGAAGGAAGAAGAGCAGCGGUUAAAAAAAGUUGCACUCAACAUUUCAAAGGAUGUAAAGAAAUUCUGGUUGAAAAUUGAGAAACUGGUACUCUACAAGCAUCAGAUGGAGCUUGAUGAGAAAAAGAAAAAGGCUCUCGAUAAGCAGCUUGAGUUUCUUUUGGGUCAAACUGAGAGGUACUCAACAAUGUUAGCAGAAAAUCUUGUUGACAAUUACAAGCCUUUGCAGCAAAAUCCUACACAAGAUCAACCCAAAGAAGAGGAUGGAGAUGACGCUAAUGGGUCUUCAGAGCUGAAUGUUGAACCUCCAUCAGAUACAGCAGAUGUUGAUGAUGAUUAUGAUAUACAAUCUGAUGAUGAAUCUGAAGAUGAUGAACAUACAAUUGAGGAAGAUGAGGCUCUUAUAACUAAAGAAGAAAGACAGGAGGAGCUAGCUGCUUUACAAAAUGAAAUAGAUCUUCCCCUUGAGGAGCUACUGAAACGUUAUGCUGGGAAGGAAAAAGCUUGUGGACAUAGCAUGGAGAGUAGUUCAGUAAAGCAUGACGAGGAUGAACCAGCCCGGAGGGAGGAUAGUAAAGUAGAGGAUAAUGGGGAUGAACCAACCCAGAUGGAGGAUAAUGUGGGUGAACCAACCCAGAUGGAGGAUAGUCCAGUAAAGGAUGACGAGGAUCAACCAGCCCAGACAGAGGAUAGUCCAGUAAAGGGUAGUGGGGAUGAACCAGCCCAGAUGGAGGGCAGUCCGGUAAAGGAAAACUGGGAUAAACCACUCCAGAUGGAGGAUAGUCCAGUAAAGGAUGAUGGGGAUCAACCAGCCCAGAUGGCAGAUGGUCCGGUAAAGGAUGACGGGGAUCAACCAGCCCAGAUGGAGGGUAGUCCAGUAAAGGAUGGUGGGGAUCAACCAGCCCAGAUGGAGGGUAAUCCAGUAAAGGAUGACGGGGAUAAGCCAGCCGAGAUGGAGGCUACUCCAGUAAAGGAUGACGGGGAUGAACCAGCCGAGAUGGUGGCUACUCCAGUAAAGGAUGACAGAGAUGAGCCAGCCCAGAUGGAGGAUAGUCUAGUAAAGGAUGACAGGAUUGAACCAGCCGGGAUGGAGGAUAAUAUUAAUCAUAGCAAUGAAAAUGGGCUUUCUGCAGCCAUAAAGAUUGAGAAAAGCAACUCUGCUGUAUCCACUGGUCGUCGUUGUAAAGGGGAAAGUAAUGGAAGUCUUCUACUUUUGGAAAACCAUAUACCAGAAGUUGAGACACAUGAAGCCAAUAAUCUUGCAGAAGCUUCUGAAGAGUUAGAGGAAGAAGAGGUGCCAUAUGAUUUUAAUGAUGAACGGGAAGAUGGUGAUUUUGUUCUUGGCAUUACAGAAGAAAAGGAUGAUGAGACAACCUUGUCAGAAGAGGAGGAAUUUGCUAAAACAGAUUCCCAUGAUCCUAUGGAUGAGGUUGCCUUACUGCAAAAGGAGAGUGAAAUUCCCAUUGAAGAACUGCUUUCAAGGUAUAAAAAGGAUCCCAUCAACAAUGAGGAUGUGGAUGAUGGAUCUGAGUAUGCCUCUGCUUUGUCAGAGGGCUUUGCAGAUUCUCUUUCAGUUGAAGAUGUUGAACAGAAGCAACUGGUUACUAUGGAUGAAAACACUGAACAGAAGCAACUGGUUUCUGUGGGUGAAUAUGCUGUAUCUGAUGAACGCCCACCAGUCCAUUCUCCCAUGGAAGAACAGCAAGCCAAACAUGAUACUUUAUCUGAAGGAGGAAAGGAAAGUGAGGAUAUAAUUGCUGAUGCAGCUGCUGCCGCAAGAUCGGCACAGCCAACUGGAAAUACCUUCUCCACAACAAAAGUUCGGACCAAGUUCCCUUUUCUUCUUAAAUUCCCUCUUCGGGAGUAUCAACAUAUUGGCUUGGAUUGGCUUGUCGCUAUGUAUGAAAAAAGGCUGAAUGGAAUUCUUGCGGAUGAGAUGGGGCUUGGGAAGACAAUUAUGACUAUUGCUUUGUUGGCACACCUAGCAUGUGAGAAGGGAAUAUGGGGUCCACAUCUAAUUGUGGUUCCAACAAGUGUAAUGUUGAAUUGGGAAACUGAGUUUCUUAAAUGGUGUCCUGCUUUUAAGAUUUUGACAUAUUUUGGAAGUGCAAAAGAGCGAAAAUUGAAGAGGCAAGGCUGGUUGAAGCCCAACUCAUUUCAUGUAUGUAUAACAACUUACAGGCUGGUUAUUCAAGAUUCUAAAGUGUUCAAGCGUAAAAAAUGGAAGUACUUGAUAUUAGAUGAAGCUCAUCUGAUUAAAAAUUGGAAAUCACAGAGAUGGCAAACACUUUUGAACUUUAACUCAAAACGGCGUAUUCUUUUAACUGGUACUCCACUUCAGAAUGAUCUCAUGGAACUCUGGUCACUAAUGCACUUCUUGAUGCCUCACAUUUUUCAGUCUCACCAAGAAUUCAAAGACUGGUUUUGUAAUCCAAUAGCAGGGAUGGUCGAGGGACAAGAAAAAGUAAACAAAGAAGUAAUUGAUCGUCUACAUAAUGUUCUUCGUCCAUUUAUACUACGUCGUUUGAAACGCGAUGUGGAGAAGCAGCUCCCUAUGAAACUUGAGCAUGUUAUAUACUGUAGACUCUCCAAAAGGCAGCGUAAUUUGUAUGAAGACUUCAUCGCUAGUUCAGAAACACAAGCUACUCUUGCAAAUGCAAAUUUUUUUGGGAUGAUUAGCAUCAUAAUGCAGCUACGUAAAGUAUGCAAUCAUCCUGACCUAUUUGAAGGCCGUCCAAUAGUCAGUUCUUUUGAUAUGACAGGUAUUGACAUUCAACUAUGCUCUCCUGUUUGCUCAGUACUUUCGUGUGGACCAUUCUCUAGAGUUGAUCUCAGGGACAUGGGUUUGGUGUUUACUCAUCAUAGCAAUAGAAUGACUUCUUGGGAGAGUGAUGAAGUUAAAGCUCUUGCUACCCCCUCAAGUUCAAUAAAAGCACGUGGUGACUUGUUUAACCUUGGAAAGAUUGUGUCAGGAUCUGAAAAUCGAAAAUUGUAUGGAUCAAAUAUUUUUGAAGAUAUACAGAGAUCAAUAAUGGAGGAGAGGAUUAAAGAAGCAAAGGAUCGCGCAGCAGCCAUUGCAUGGUGGAAUUCUUUGAGGUGUGAAAGAAGACCUAUGUACUCAACUACCCUAAGGGAGCUUGUCACAGUAAGGCAUCCUGUUGAUGAUAUUCAUUGUCACAAAGCUAAUCCUCGCGCUUAUACAUAUUCCACAAAGCUUGCUGACAUAAUCCUUUCACCUGUGGAACGCUUUCAUAAAGUGCUUGACCUAGUUGAAAGUUUCUUGUUUGCAAUCCCAGCUGCGCGGGCUCCGCCACCUGUUUGCUGGUGUAGUAAAUCUGGGAGUUCUGCCUUUCUCCAACCUACUUAUAAGCAGAAGUGCACCGAAAUAUUUUCUCCACUUUUGACUCCUUUAAGACCUGCGAUUGUUCGGAGGCAGGUGUACUUUCCUGACAGGCGGCUCAUACAAUUUGACUGUGGCAAAUUACAAGAGCUUGCGAUUUUGCUUAGAAAAUUAAAGUCAGGAGGUCACCGAGCACUGAUAUUCACUCAGAUGACAAAGAUGCUUGAUGUUUUGGAGGCUUUUAUAAAUUUGUAUGGCUACACUUACAUGCGUUUAGAUGGAUCCACACCACCCGAGGAGAGGCAAACUUUGAUGCAACGGUUUAAUACAAAUCCAAAAAUAUUCCUUUUUAUCUUAUCAACACGUAGUGGAGGAGUCGGCAUCAACCUAGUUGGGGCAGAUACAGUCAUCUUUUAUGAUAGUGACUGGAAUCCUGCUAUGGACCAACAAGCUCAAGAUCGAUGCCACCGGAUUGGACAGACACGUGAAGUUCAUAUUUACCGAUUGAUUAGUGAGAGCACCAUUGAAGAAAAUAUUUUGAAGAAAGCAAAUCAGAAGCGUGCCCUGGAUGAUCUAGUGAUACAGAGUGGGGGCUACAACACUGAAUUCUUCAAAAAGCUUGAUCCUAUGGAGCUUUUCUCUGGUCAUAGAUCACUUCCAAUCAAGAAUGUUCAGAAGGAGAGAAAUUACAAUGCAAAUGAGAUAUCUCUGUCUAAUGCCGAUGUUGAAGCUGCUUUAAAACAUGCAGAAGAUGAAGCAGAUUACAUGGCUUUGAAGAAAGUUGAACAGGAAGAAGAAGUUGAGAAUGAAGAGUUCACAGAAGAAGCCAUUGGGAGAUUGGAAGAUGAUGAAUUAGUAAAUGAGGAUGAUGCAAAGGUUGAUGAACCUGCAGAUCAUAGUGGCUGGAUGACAUCGAACAAAGAAAAUGUAUCCAUGCAGAAUGGAAGUGAUAUUAAUGAAGAAAAAGCUCUUACAGUUGUUAAGGAAGAUGAUGUUGACAUGUUGGAUGAUGUUAAACAAAUGGCUGCCGCUGCAGCAGCAGCUGGACAAGCAAUAUCAUCCUUUGAGAAUCAUUUGCGUCCAAUAGAUAGAUAUGCAAUUCGCUUUCUAGAAUUAUGGGACCCCAUUAUAGAUAAGGCAACAGUGGACACUCAAGUUGGAUAUGAGGAAACUGAAUGGGAACUCGAUCGUAUUGAGAAGUACAAGGAGGAAAUGGAAGCUGAAAUUGAUGAAGAUGAGGAACCUCUUGUGUAUGAGAGAUGGGAUUCUGAUUUUGCAACCGAGGCAUAUCGGCAGCAGGUGGAAGCACUGGCUCAACAUCAGUUGAUGGAGGAUCUGGAAUGUGAGGCAAGGGAGAGGGAAGAUGAAGAAGCUGGAAAUUGUGACACUGUGAAGAAUGAAAUGCCAAGUGAUCUGAAACCUAAGUCUAAAAAGAAACCAAAGAAAGCCAAGUUCAAAUCCCUAAAGAAAGGAUCACUAGCUUCUGCAUCAAAAUCCGUGAAAGAAGAGCCAUCAGCGGAUGCUAUGUCCAUCGAUGAGGACACUUUCUCUCAAGAGAUGCUCACGUUCUCAGAUGCAGCAUCUCCACAUUCAGUCAUGACCAAAAAACGGAAAAAGGUUCAAAUUACUAUGAAUGGUAGUGAAGAGAAGACUUCAAAGAAAAAGUCCAAGAAACUCAAGAGGAUUUUUGUUGAGAGAUGCUCUCUUGAUUUAGAUACUGAUUUUCCAGUAGUGCAGCAUGACGGACCUACAGAUUCAAAACCUGCUGAGAGUAUAACUGAAUCUGAGCAGAGACCGCUUAGCAGAAGCAGAAUGGGAGGAAAAAUAUCCAUCACUUACAUGCCCUUAAAGCGAGUUUUAAUGAUAAAACCAGAAAAGCUAAAGAAGGGGAAUGUUUGGACGAGGGAUUGUGUUCCUUCUCCUGAUGUUUGGUUGCCUGUGGAGGAUGCAAUAUUAUGUGCUGUGGUACAUGAAUAUGGCCCUUAUUGGAACUUGGUUAGUGACGUCCUAUAUAGCAUGACUGCUGGUGGGUUUUAUAGGGGAAGAUAUCGACAUCCUGUCCAUUGUUGCGAGAGGUUUAGAGAACUCAUCCAACGGUAUGUCUUGUCUUCUUCAGACAACCCAAAUCAUGAGAAGGUCGGCAAUGCAGGAUCUGGAAAGGCUCUUCUAAAAGUUACUGAGGAAAACAUUCGAACGCUGUUAGAUAUUGCUGCUGAGCAGCAAGACGGAGAGUUGCUCCUUCAGAAACACUUCACUGUAUUGCUGUCUACUAUCUGGAAGAUGACCUCUCGUGUUGGUCACUUAAAGAAUCUUGCAUCAUCACGCAAUAGUGUCUACUCUGGUGGAAAAAAAUUCAGUUCUGGCAAGCAGAUUUCUCAUACUUCCGAUAGGGAACCUGGAGAAAAACUAAAAUCUAUCAUUAUGGGAAAGAUUAAUACUAGGUUAGUAGCAGCUGCACUUGAUAAUGUUGAUAGUGGAAAACAGGAUGACAAAGCAUCUCCUUCUAAUCAUAGUAGAGACAUAUCAGCAAAUACUGAACGGUUGGAUAUAACUCUGGAAUUCCAAGGCGAAAUGGGAGAAAAAUUGGCUUUUCUGCCUUCUAUUCUGAACUUAUCAAUAAUUUGUUCUGACCCUCUUUCAUUUGUAAGCAAAGAUGAUGAGGAGGUCGAUUAUCUCAAAACAUCUGUUCAUGUGGCUGAGAACCGUUUCAGGGCUGCUACAAGAGCUUGUCUUGAAGACAGACAUGGCUGGGCUUCGUCUGUAUUCCCGACAAAUGACAUUAGAUCUCGUUCGGCAGCAAAACUACCGUCCUUGGGAAAGCACAAGCUCCCUUUCCCUGAUUUGAACAAACCUUCCAAGUCAAAAUUCAAGAAAUCAGUUGAGAAUGGUGAGCUACGCCACCUUCCCAGUGAGCAGAACAUUCUCCAACCGUUGCUAACCAUGGCAGCACCAAUUGAUCUCAACCUUUUCAGCCCGAGCUCACCCCUCAGUACAGAUAUUCAGAUUGAUGGUCUGGAAAGUAAUUUGUCAACUGAUUUGGAUAAGCUAGCUCCGUUAGAAGAGGAUGGUUUUGAAACAGUUGAACACAGUUAUGUUCCUGACUUAAUCACCGGUCUUGAUGACUGUACAUUAUCUCCAGAAUUUACAGACAUUGGUUAGGGCAAAUCUCAAGCUAGGCCAAAACCAAAAGUUCUGUGCUAAAGCUGUCAUAAAUUUGGAACAGAAGGACUCUCUCAUCUGAUCUGGAUCGGAAAUAAUGAACAUGAACUUUAAAGCAUUGUUUUUCUCAUCACACAUCAGAUGAGGAAGUUCAAAACAUUUGCCAAUUUUUACCAGCUGGAUGAAGAAGAACAAGAGCUGGUCCUGCUGAGGAGGGAGCCAUGGUUGGGGUUGGGGGCAUUUGAAAUGUAACAUAAAAAAAAUUUUGCAAGUUCAUUUCUCACUUGGGAAAUCUGUGAUUAUUUAUCGGGGCUUUAUUAGAGAUGUUUUGUGAAUGAGUAGAUUUUCCCCAAUAGCAAGUAGUAAAAGGAAAUUCAAAGUCUAUUGAUUAAUCAAAGAAAUGGAAAGAAAAUCUUAAUUAA